AUGAAUAUUUUGAUGACAACGGUAAGUGAGAGCAAACUCCAACAUGGCGGUUCGGGGAUGUGAGUGGAAAGAUUCUACUAAAAUUUGGGUUAAAAAUUGUUCUACAAAGCCGUGAAGAGUAGACGGAUGUUUCUGUGGAGUUUUUCUGUAUUUGUGACAGUACAGGUGGCCUUAAAUGAUGUCAGACUCGUCGGUAAUUGGUAAAGAACAGGCCGUUCCUUGCAACAUGGAGGUUGUGGGAGAGGGAAGUAUGGUCGAGAAGUGGGAGGGCGACGGCAACAACUGUGUAUGUAAGCCGCCAAACGGUGGCGAACUUCAGGCCAAAAAUAACACCAGACUGAAUGGCUGUGUUGUGGCAAUACCGGAGGAAAAGGACGCCUUAGGGAAACAUGCAGUUGUUGGGGGGACGAAAUCAGCGGGGUCAACAGACAACAACAGACACGAAGUCAACAGUGAGGAAAGUACUGUGGCAGAAGCCAUGCUGUCUCUCUCGUUGCAAGAUGGGUCAAGGGAUGACAGAACGAAAAGACGCCCAGAAAAAGCAGUUUUGGAUAGAGUGGAUGACCCUGUUGUGGUUGAGGAGGAUGGAGUGUUAUCAGGAAGGGAACUUCAGAUUGAAAAGAUUUGGUCCUCCGGCUCUGACCAGCUGGAGGCUGCUGCUGCUGAGGAUGGAGAUGGGGAGGACCAUGUUAGCUAUGUUAGUUACCAAUCAGAACUGCAGAUGCCAGACAUCAUCAGGCUCAUCACAAAAGACCUUUCAGAACCAUACUCCAUAUACACCUACCGCUACUUCAUUCACAAUUGGCCCAAGCUAUGCUUUCUGGCCAUGUCAGGAGGAAGGUGUGUUGGAGCUAUCGUGUGCAAGCUGGACAUGCAUAAGAAAAUGGUUCGCCGGGGCUACAUUGCCAUGCUAGCUGUGGAUGAGAACUAUAGGAGGAAAUCUAUUGGUUCUACUCUUGUGAAGAAAGCCAUCCGUGCCAUGACUGAUGAUGAUUGUGAUGAGGUGGUGUUGGAGACUGAGAUCACAAACAAGCCUGCUCUGAGGUUGUACGAGAACUUGGGAUUUGUGAGGGAUAAGAGAUUAUUUCGAUACUACUUGAAUGGUGUGGAUGCUCUGCGGCUCAAGCUCUGGCUGCGAUGAGAACGGGAUGACACCCUUUGUUAUAUUGCUGUUUGUGGGAAAGUAGAAUUAUAGUAGCUUUGUGCUCAUGUUCUGUAUAAUUGUCACAGUCUGGUGUCAUUGCACCUCAUGAUCAGUUCUAUCUGGAUUCUCUGGUCUGAUUCGAAGCAAAGUCCUUUGAACUUGUAUUCAUUUUGUGUGGAUAAAAUGACAAAUGUAGUCGUUAACACUUUACUGUUAUGAUGUCAAGUACAACUCUGUUGGCUAAAGUAAUAUUGUUACUGGUAAUCAAUAUCUCAUGUUAUUAAUGAAUUGUUAAUGUAUGUGUCUCAAUUCCACAAGUACUUCUUACUUAGUGAGGUUUUUAUAAUCUAUGUGUUAUGAAAAGGAACUAAUGAAACAAAUGUGAAUUACUUGUGAGAAGUUGGUGAUGGAUGAACUGAUAAAUGCCUUGAAAUUAGCAAGAAAAUUAAAAAUUGCUUCUUAUAUUCAGUGACUCUUUGACACUAGUAGCACCAAAUAAAAAAAUAAGGCUGGACUUGGAUGCAUUAAAAGUUUGUUAUGUCUUUUAAUCUC